AUGGAAACCCAGCGCCCGCCAACCCGCACCCCUAGAGGUGCUCAGGGGAUUCGAACCCGGGACGCUGGGUCUCCUCCGUACCCAGCGACUCUGAAGGCAGAUCCAGAAGAACUGUUUACAAAACUGGAGAAAAUUGGUAAGGGCUCUUUUGGUGAAGUUUUUAAAGGAAUUGACAAUCGGACUCAGAAAGUGGUUGCUAUAAAAAUUAUUGACCUAGAAGAAGCAGAAGAUGAAAUAGAAGACAUCCAACAAGAAAUCACAGUGCUGAGUCAGUGUGACAGUCCAUAUGUAACUAAAUAUUAUGGAUCCUAUUUAAAGGAUACAAAAUUAUGGAUAAUAAUGGAAUAUCUGGGUGGAGGCUCUGCCCUUGAUCUAUUAGAACCUGGCUCACUCGACGAAACCCAGAUUGCUACAAUAUUGAGGGAGAUACUCAAAGGACUCGAUUACUUGCAUUCAGAAAAGAAAAUCCACAGAGAUAUUAAAGCUGCUAAUGUAUUGCUGUCUGAACAAGGAGAAGUAAAACUAGCAGAUUUUGGAGUAGCAGGACAACUAACAGAUACACAGAUAAAGAGGAAUACCUUUGUGGGAACACCAUUUUGGAUGGCACCUGAAGUAAUAAAGCAAUCAGCAUAUGAUUCGAAGGCAGAUAUCUGGUCAUUAGGCAUAACAGCCAUAGAACUUGCAAAAGGAGAGCCACCUCAUUCCGAAUUACAUCCAAUGAAGGUUUUGUUCCUCAUUCCGAAGAACAAUCCACCAACACUGGAAGGAAACUUCAGUAAAUCCCUCAAAGAAUUUGUUGAGGCCUGCUUAAACAAGGACCCAAGCUUUAGACCUACUGCAAAAGAGCUAUUAAAACACAAAUUUAUUUUGCGAAACUCAAAGAAAACUUCCUACCUGACUGACCUUAUUGAUAGGCACAAGAGAUGGAAGUCUGAACAAAGUCAUGAUGACUCCAGUUCUGAUGACUCAGAUACUGAACCAGAUGGUCAGGCUUCAGGUGGGAGUGAUUCAGGAGAGUGGAUCUUUACAAUAAGAGAAAAAGACCCCAAGAAUCUAGAGAAUGGAGCAGCCCAGCCUUUGGAGUUGCAAAGAAAUAAGGUGCUCAAAAUAUUGACUGUAGUCUAA